AUGGCCGCCCUUGAGAUCCCCAUCAUUGACUUUUCAGGGUUCUACUCUCAAAAUGCGUCUCAGAAGCAAAAAGUCGUUGAUCAAAUCCGCGAUAGCUGUAUUUACAAUGGGUUCUUUCAGAUCAUUGGUCACUCUGUGCCUCUCGCGCAGCAGAAGGCCGCUAUGAAAAACGCCAAGAAGUUCUUUGCGCUUCCACUUGAAGAAAAGCAGAAAGUGGCCAAGGAGAACACCACAUGGAACCGCGGCUACGAGAUGCUCAGAUCACAGAUACUUGAGGAGGGUACCCAUCCUGAGCUCAAGGAGGGCUUCUACAUUGGAGCAGAAAUCCCUGAGACCCACCCUUACUUUAUCAACAAGAAGCUGAACAGCGGUCCUAACCAGUGGCCGGCGGGUCUGGGGAGUGACUUGCAAAGCUUCAAGGAUGCUAUGAUGGAAUACUACUCCUCGGCGCUGAAGUUGGCCGCAGACCUUAUGGGAGUUCUUGCGUUGUCACUGGACCUCGAAGAGGACUAUUUUGCCAAGUUCAUGGACGGAGCUGUUGCGUCGAUGAGGCUUCUCCACUACCCAACACAACCUAAAGACGCGGACGAGAAGUUGACGCGUGGGAUUGGUGCCCAUACGGACUUCGGCGCUAUUACCAUACUUCUUCAAGAUGAGAUAGAUGGGUUGCAGGUGUGGGACAAAAAGAACGAGACAUGGAUUGACGUUCCGCCGACCGAGGGCGUAUUUGUAGUGAACUUGGGUAAUCUCAUGGCAACGUGGACCAAUGAGUUAUACCAAAGUAAUAUCCACAGGGUUAUCAACAAGUCUGGGCAAGAACGUUAUUCUAUCCCUUUCUUUGUCUCGGGAAACCCCGACUACGUGGUCGACUGCAUUCCCACUUGUCAGUCAGCAACAAUUCCGGCCAAGUUUGGUCCCGUAACUGUGGAGGAGGCAGUGUCUGCAUCCUAUGCUGAGUCUUAUGGAAGGGCACAGUUGUACAAGCAGGGCCUCGAGCAGGUCACGACGAACAAAUUGCAGGCUCAGCAGACAGAAUUUCCGUCGGGGCAGAUCGCUGUCGCGUAA